AUGGCGGCGUCUUGGAUGUUGUUAUGGUUUGUCGCAGCAGUGGCAUGCACAGGAUAUCUCUGCUCGCUGCUCCUCUCCAAGCGACCGAGACACCGGCUGCCUCUCCCACCGGCUCCACCAGGCGAACCCAUCCUCGGCCAUCUGCGCGUAGUCCCCGUCGACAAUCCAGAAUACGCAUACGCAAAAUGGUCCCAAGAAUACGACUCCGACAUCAUCUACGUCUCCAUGCUAGGCCAGCCCGUCAUCGUCCUCAACAGCCUCCAGGCAGCCAUCGAACUUCUCGACAAGCGAGGUGCAAACUACUGCGAUCGCCCUCGCUUCGUCCUCUUUGAGGUCAUGGGAUGGCAGGCCACUCUGACCUUCCUGCGCUGGGGCCCGAAAUUCAAAUUGCACCGCAAGGUCCUGCAGAGGGCUUUCACGCCGACGAGCUGUGUCAAGUAUCGGAGCCUCCAGGAACAGGAAGCGAAGACCUUGCUGAGAGGCAUCUUGAACCGCCCCGAGGAGUGGGAGACGAUCCUGAGGCGCUUUGCGACGGCAAUCGUGCUAGGUAUUGGCUUCGGUGUUCCAGUGAAGACGGACGAUGAUCCGUACAUCAAGAUUGCCACCGAUGCCUCAUACGCUCUGGGCCAUGGAGGCGCUCCGGCCGGUACUCCCGUGGACUUCUUCCCGAUCCUGAAAUACGUACCCGACAUCUUCGCCAGGUGCAGAUCCCUGAAAUUCGCUCGAGACUGGCGCUGGUCCAUACGCGCAAUCCACGACGUGCCAUUUGCAGCUGUCCAAGCAGACUUCCGAGCAGGCCGCGCCCAGCCCUCCUUUCUCAGCACUUUGCUACAACAGCAAGCACUCCAAGCCGAUUCCGACGUCAACUGCUUCACGACCGAGGACAUCAAAGGCGCUGCAGGGGCCAUCUUCGCUGCGGGUCAGGACACCACAUGGUCGACCUUGGUGGUUUUCAUCCUCAACAUGGUCUUGCAUCCCGAAAUCCAGACCAAAGCCCAAGAGCUGCUGGACCAAGUCGUCGGCCCACAUCGACUGCCGACGUUCGAAGACCGCAGCGCACUGCCUUAUAUCGAUUACAUUGUCCAGGAAACGCUCCGAUGGGGUCCCGUCUCUCCCAUCGGCGUUCCGCAUCGCUCGCUGGAAGACGAUGAAUACGAGGGCAUGUUCAUCCCCAAGGGGUCCUUCGUCUACGCAAAUGCCAGGGCAAUGACGCACGAUAGACGGGUAUACUCUCAACCAGAAGAAUUCAACCCUGAUCGUUUCCUUCCUCGCUCCGAGGGUGGCGCGGGCGAACCGUUUCCCGUCGGUCAAUUUGGUUUUGGGAGGCGAGUCUGUGUCGGAAGGCAUCUGGCCGAGGCGAGCGUUUGGAUCGUGAUUGCCACGUUAUUGGCCACGAGCAGGAUGGACAAGGCUUUGGAUGCCGAUGGCAAGGCUAUUGUGCCUGGUGUAGAGCUGACGAAUGGCUUGACGAGCCAUCCGAAGCCGUUCAAGUGCAGCAUCGUCCCGAGGAGCGAGGCAGCGCGAGCGCUCAUCCUCAGCAGCAGCACUCAUUAA